UUGUCACUCUUCAUCUCCACCUAUUAUUCUCUUACGUCUCCAACCAAUCAUAUAUAUAUAUAUAUAUAUACAGAUCGAUAAUCAAAUAUCCAUUAUUUUCAUUCCUUUCUUCUUUCUUUCUUUUUCCUUCAACCUCAAAGUUUACUCCUCAAAUCCAUCAAUUUCGAACAUGGCCUGCUUGGUAUCUCGCUCGGGAAGGGAAUUGCAGAGGUACAACAACAUGGGUGGCCGCCAAGUUGUUGGGUGCAUACCUUAUAGAUAUAAAGAAGACGUAGAUGGUAACAUGAGUGACGAAUUGGAAGUACUGGUCGUUAGUUCUCAGAAAGGUCAAGGAUUAAUGUUCCCUAAGGGAGGAUGGGAACUUGAUGAAUCUGUAGAAGAAGCAGCUUGUAGGGAAUCUCUUGAAGAAGCAGGAGUAUUGGGAAUUAUUGAGCAUGAAUUGGGGCAGUGGUAUUUCAUAAGCAAAAGACAUGGCAUAUACUAUGAAGGACACAUGUUUCCCAUGUUUGUCAAGGAACAGCUUGACACGUGGCCGGAGAAACAUUUACGGAGAAGAAUUUGGAUGAGUGUUGGUGAAGCUAGAGAAGUUUGUCAGCAUUGGUGGAUGAAGGAGGCAUUGGAUAUAUUGGUUGAAAGAAUAAUGGUGUCUUCAGAACAAGGAAAAAGAGAUAUGGUUUUGGAUGUUCUUUAGGUUUUUAAAGAGUUUAAUUACUGUAGGGUAGGCUAGAAUGUCAAUAUUUUGUAUCUUUAUAAAUUGAGAGUUAUAGAAAAUUGUAGAGAAAAUAGAGCUGCAACUUUAACGUUACACAUUUAAACAAGCACUCACUUCCAAGAGUUAAAUAGUUCUUUUGUUAUAUGUUUUUUUUAUUAAAUGUAUACUCCAUAAUUUAUAAUGCACUUAGGUGUCAAUCCUGUCAAGUACAAACCCUCCUUCCAACCACCUCUUAUUUUGUUUUAAUCGUUUCACUUAAUUAUAUACUUCUUUUCUUCAA